AUGGCCCCCACCCUUCCGCAGGCUGCCCUGGCUCAAGAUGACUCGCUGAAGUAUCGGAGGUCGGCGUCCCCGACGAAGUCGGGACGGGCUGAGAAGAGCCCGAGGAGCUUCGGCGAGAAGGUCCAGACGGCGGUGCGCCUGCGGCCCUUCCUGAACUUGGAGUUGGCCAAGAUCGCUCAAUGGGAGCGGCGCAGCGAACACUCGAGCUACAGCUGUGUGGAGAUGAAGCCUGAUGGUCAUGUGACACUUCACGAUCCUGAGAAGCCUAAUCAACCUGGGCGGGACUUCGAGUGCACCUUUGCCUUCGACUCAAGUCAACCACAAUCAUCCCAGUACGCCGACCAAAGUACCAUUUUCGAGGGCGUCGGUGCUGACAUGGUGAUGCACGGAACGACAGGUUACAACUGCUGCCUGGUGGCCUAUGGUCAGACGGGCACAGGGAAGACGCAUACCGUCCACGGCGACUGGCAAAGCCACGAGCAUCGUGGACUACUGCCGCGCAUCGCCGAAGGCCUGUUUGCCCGCCUGGGGAAGUUGGCCGAAGGUGACACAUGGCGAGUGCGCAUUUCAUAUGUCGAGGUCUAUAAGGACCGCUUGAGGGACUUGCUCUCGGGCACCCGCAUGGAGUAUGAGAGCUCUCCCCGCUCGACCAAAGGAGCCUUGGGAGGGAAAGGCUUAGAAGUCCGGGCACAUCCGGAGAUUGGAGUCUUUGUGGAGAAUCUCCAGGAGCUGCCAGUGGAAAGCUUCCGAGACGUCGCGCGGCACGUCGCCCGAGGCGGAUCUGGCACAGUUUCUGACGCUCGCGAGUACCACCAUGAAUAA